AAUCAGGAAGAGCCGAAGAACCGAACAGAGGAACCGAGCAGCGCUUUAACGGGCAGGACGCUGUGUUUGAGUUCUUCUAGAUAGAUAUCUCAUCCUGACAAGACGCGGAAAAAAAACCCCUCAAACGUCCAAACUCGGGUGUUGUGAAAAUUGAUCAGAAAUUAUUAUUAUUUGAUAACGACACAGAAUCGAUUGAAGACCAUUAUGACUGACAGGAAAGCAGUGAUCAAGAAUGCUGACAUGUCUGAGGACAUGCAGCAAGAUGCAGUUGACUGUGCAACACAGGCCAUGGAGAAGUACAACAUUGAGAAGGACAUUGCAGCGUAUAUCAAAAAGGAAUUUGACAAGAAGUACAACCCAACAUGGCACUGCAUUGUGGGACGAAACUUUGGCAGCUACGUCACCCACGAGACGAAGCACUUUAUCUACUUCUACCUGGGCCAGGUUGCCAUCCUCCUAUUCAAGUCUGGCUGAAGUCAGCGAGAGAAAAAUGUUCUUUUCCAACAUGGACCAAGAUGCACUAGUGGCCAAUGUCCUGUCUAACCACAUGCUACAAAUAUUAAACAAGGCCAUACCAUGACUAUGCUGACUGUGCGUAACUGCAUGGGUCGUAUAUCAUACUAAUUGUGCAUAUGUUGCGGUUAAGUUGCUUUUCAGUAGGUGUCCCAUGUUCAUCGGGAGAGUUUGGUUUCUGAUCCUGACAAGUUUGUUUCAGCAUAGGAGCUGUGAAGGCAGGAGUUAAAUUUCAUUAAAUAAAGCAAUGGCAGAUUAAA